AAGGCCCGAAGGGACUCUGCCUUGUGGAGUGGCGCUGCUGCUUGGGCCGGUGGCAGACUGCAGGCUGCUGGCGUCGCGGCUGAGGAGAACGGGCGAGUGGGUUCGACCUUUCCCGUUGUGGUGUCCGCAACGAUGAGUGCUGCCAGGGAGUCCCAUCCGCACGGGGUGAAGCGUUCAGCCUCCCCAGACGACGAUCUUGGAUCUAGCAAUUGGGAGGCAGCAGACUUAGGUAAUGAAGAAAGAAAACAGAAGUUCUUGAGACUUAUGGGAGCAGGAAAGAAAGAACAUACUGGUCGUCUUGUUAUAGGAGAUCACAAAUCCACAUCUCACUUCCGCACAGGGGAAGAAGACAAGAAAAUUAAUGAAGAACUGGAGUCUCAAUAUCAACAAAGUAUGGACAGUAAAUUAUCAGGAAGAUAUCGACGACACUGUGGACUUGGCUUCAGUGAGGUAGAUGAUCAUGAUGGAGAAGGUGAUGUGGCUGGAGAUGACGAUGAUGAUGAUUCACCUGAUCCUGAAAGUCCAGAUGACUCUGAAAGUGAUUCAGAGUCAGAGAAGGAAGAAUCUACUGAAGAGCUCCAAGCUGCUGAGCACCCUGAUGAAGUGGAGGAGUCCAAAAACAAAAAAGAUGCAAAAAGCAACUAUAAGAUGAUGUUUGUUAAAUCUAGUGGCUCAUAACUCCCAAACACUUAGUCUUUGUAUUAAAAGUAAGCCUUAUUGUUAUAAUGCACAGUGGAGGACUGCUUAUAGAGCACAGACCUUUGUAUUAUAAUUUUUAAAAAGGCCCUUUUAAAUAAUUACAAAGAGUGUUUGCUUUCAGAUGCCAUGGGUUACACUUUUAUGGGCGUGAUUAUAACCAUUUUUGUAAAGAGUAAGAGUUGUAUAAAAUAAGAAAUAAAUACAAUACUCAACUUCUUUUCAUGUUAGCAUCAUCAACAAUCUCUAAUAUCACCUUUUUACCCCUUCAGAUACAGUUAUGGGGGAAACAGUAUUUUUUUGUGUGGUAGCUGUUUAUCUUUUUUUGUUUCUUCAUGUUUUUCUUUUGUAAAUUUUUAUCUGGUACUGUGAUGUGUUCAUGGGAAAUAUUCUUUUAUUAUACUUUCUCAUAGUAGAACUAUUCAUCAUGGAUAUUUCUGCUGCCAAUAACAAUCUAAAUUAAUGCUGGCAAAAUAUUUGGAACUUAGUUUACUCUUACUGAUUCAGCUCUACUCUUUUGGACCAAAGCAACAUGAGAGCAAAUACUUUUCACACCUGUUAGGCUGGGGUUGCAGUUGUCAUAUAUUUGGAAUGUUAUGAUCCCAAGUAGUCUUUAUAUAAUUUGAAUGAUAUUGUAUGUUAGAUUUUUCUUUUAAUAUAAAAUUGGCCAAUUUUUACAGAAGAAAAUUUUUCUCUGAUCAUUUGGUCCUAUCUAUUUAGGAAUAUGUAAAAUGGAACUUUUUUUUUUUUUAAAGGUAAUAUGUGACCAAAGUUAAUUUCCUUCCUAAUGCUUAAAUAAAGAGAAAGCAGCUUCCCAUAUUUGGUUGUAAUACCUUUAUCCUCAUUAUCUAAAAAUGAGGAACAGGCUUAUUGAACAAGAAUCUGAAACCAAAUUCUCUUCACUUUAUCCCAGUGCUGUUAUCCUGAUUAUCUUACAAAAAGGAGUAUUGCUUUGAUUUUAUCACUACUUCUGUUGGAGUAAGAUUAGUAUCUGACUACUAUUAUGUGGUUAAUUUGUACAGCAGGUUAACACAAACUGCAUUAUGGGCUAGUCAAUGAUGUUUGAGUAAUUGGGUUCAAAAUCUUAAUGUUUCUAAGUGAUGUGUUCAAAGGCUUGAGUUAAAACUCUUUGUUUGCUGAACUGUUAUACGUCUAGAUGCUUAAGUAUGUUAAUGUGUUGGAUUUUUUUUUUUUUUUAGUCCCUGUGUCAUUUUGAAGUAUAGAAUGUGUUCGAGGAGUGUAGCAACUAGAACAGGUGAUUUUUGGAUUAUGCAGUCCAUCCUGAAAUUUUUUUUAGAUUUCACACCCCCAACAUUUUUUUUUCUUAUUUCUCACAUUGUUUUAUAAUAGGUGUUACCCUAUAUAGUAAAAUACUGAGUCAGUGGGUAGUAAACAGAAUGUACAACGUUUAACAAAUAGCAUUUGGUUUAAACAAGUUUGGCUUUGUUCAGAUUUCAGUUUGGCCAUUGAUUUUCAAAUAACUAGCCUGUAGGAUUGCUUAUUACAACUAAUUUAAGAAGUGAAAACUGAUUUAUGUUUAACAGUGUUAUAUUUUAAAAAGUAUUUUUCAUCAAUUUAUUUAAAUAUGCUGGGUUAUUAAUAAGCCUUGAUUCUUAUAUAAAUAGAAGAGCCUUGUUCUAAAAUAACUACCCUGGAGGACCUUUUUUCUUCAAGUAGAGAAAUUCUUACUCCAGUUCAUUUAUUAUUGGACAUUUAACAAAAUUCAGGGUCGGAAUAAAUUUAGGUCUGUUGGACCAUGUGGCCCAGUGGCCCAGCACCACAUUAAAUAUCAUGGCUGUCUUUUAAGCAUGAACAUUGGGUUUUUGUUUUUCUUUAUUAAAUUGUGGGGGAAGGGGAUUAAAGGAAGACAGAUACAAUGCCAUUUUGAUACCCUACUAAAGUACCAGGAGGGAAAACAAUCUGCUUUUGCGCAAUGAAAUAUGCUAUUGAGGUGAAAGUUGAGUGGCAACUUUUUCCUACUAUUGAUACUUUCUUACCUGAAAUAUACUUCUCCCAGGUGUUGAUUAUACUGAUGUUCCAGUGAUCUUUCUAUUGUAAAGGUUUCCAGGAACACAGAUUCCUGUGUGUAUUAAUAGGUAAAAGUCUUCUCAUAUCUGUAAUUUUUUAAACCUGGAAGAAUUCAAGGUAUAGAAAAAAGUCUGAUGUGAUUGUUGUUCUGAUUAAACAAUGGUUUGA